AUGGCGACCAUCAACAGACUAGCCGAGCUACUCGACCUCGAAAACCUACCCGAGCACUACCACGUCAUCCUGCUCUCGACCCUCGCAUGCUUCCUCAUCCAGUCCCUCUCCCACCGGCUCGUCUCUCCUGCACUCUUCCCAAGACACUACAGCCAGCUCAGCCCGUUCACCAAGUUCAACUGGGAUACACGCGUCGUCGCUUGGGUCCACGCUUUCUAUGCUACCUCGAUCGCCGUCUAUGUCCUCAGAAGCCCCGCCCAAUUCUCCCCUAUCCAUCAGGAUAAACUCUUCGGUUACCAUCCUGGAGCUAUGAAUUAUUUAUCGAUUUCGACUGGAUACUUUCUAUGGGACAUAAUCGUCAGUCUGAAGCUGACGGUAAACCGAGGCGGGAUCGGAUUUCUCCUGCAUGCGACCAGCUGCUUCGUCGCUUUCCUGUAUUCGAUCAAGCCGUUCUGCGGAUACUUCGGAUUCGCCUUUCUCCUCUGGGAGGCCUCCACGAUUUUCUUGAAUCCACAUUGGUUUUUCGACAAGAUAGGAAUGUCAGGGUCGAAGGCGCAACUAUACAACGGGGUGGCACUCCUGCUGGUCUUUUUCUUCUCGAGACUCGUUCUAGGUAACUACACCUCCUACCAACUCUUUGCCCUAUCCUUCCAGGACGGCGUCAGUCAGAAAGCGGGCACUCGUCUCUUGAACACCAUCCGCAUCCUCGACCUGCUUCUUUCCGUUUUUCUAUCAACAAUUCUGACAAUAAUCCUGAUUUGUCAACUUGUUGUUACCAUAAACUUCGGCUGGGCAUUUGGAAAAAAGUGGUUCUAUCAAAUGAUUUCGAGUGUCUUGAAACGAUUUUCUAACCCAUCCACAACAAAACCUGGCUCCGCCAAACCAAACGAGCGGAAGAGCGAAUAA